UUUGCGCGUAGCCAGCUAGAAGAGUAGGGCACUUAUUUCCAUCACACAUCAUUGCGUGUGGCGCCGGGGGCGCUAGGGCAGCCCGCCCCCGGCUACGCCCCGCCCCACCCGCCGCAGGGUCCCCGGGUCGCCAAGCCCGCGGGGCAGGAGAGCGACCCGGGCGCGGCUCCGGGCUACCGGCUGCAGCUCCCGCGGCGGCGGCGGCGGCGGAUCCGGACGCGACGCGGGAUGGAGACAGACGAGCAGGGCUGCGUGCGCGCGUGGUGGCACAUGGUCGCGUGGAACCUGAGUAUCUUACAGAUUUUUCCCAUACUCCUGUUCAACACUCAGAAGAAAAAUUGCCACUCUGUGUGACAGCUUUACAAGUAAAUCAUUAAAAGAACAUAUUUUCCCUCCUCUGAUGCACAUGUUGAUUUUUUUCAACUUUUGUGAUCCAAGCACCAUUUCUUGUGGAUUUAAAGAAACUGGAGUUAAAGAUUCCUCACAGUGAACUUCUACAUCAAAGUUGAACCUAGGGUGAUUCUGGGAAUCUGGUGCUGAGUGACGGUUUUCAUGUCUUGUCUGUUGACUACAGAGGGUUCGGGGACUCGACGGGUAAACCCACGGAGGAUGGACUGACUGCGGAUGCUGUUUGUGUCUAUGAGUGGACUGAGAGUUGCAACAAAUGCUGCAAAAGUUCUAGAAGAGAAAGGAUUUCCAGUUGACGCUAUUAUCCUGGAGGCUCCAUUUACCAACAUAUGGAUUGCAAGUAUCAAUUAUCCCAUGUUAAAGGAGAAGAAAGUCUCUAGAGAAUUCAAGGAAGUUGCUGAAUGGUUUUACACAGCAUCCCAGAUUUACCGGAAACUUCCAGGAUUUUUAAGCACGGUUAUGGAUGCCCUGAGGAAAGACGAACUAGUCUUCCCCAGUGAUGAAAAAGUUAAAUUCCUGUCUUCUCCCCUUCUUAUCAUACACGGUGAGGAUGACAAAACGGUGCCUUUGGAAUUUGGAAAAAAGCUCUAUGAAAUUGCACACAAUGCAUAUAGGAACAAAGAGAGGGUGAAGAUGGUGAUCUUUCCUCCUGGCCUCCAACACAACGUCCUGUGCAAAAGCGCCACACUGCUAAAAACCGUGAGAGAUUUCCUGAGCCAGCAGCGAGCAUGAGGUCUGAGUACAGCGGAGAGCGAAGACUUGGUCCAAACACCAUUUGUGGUGUAUAUUUCUUAUGUAAAACUGUACUAGGCUGCUUGGGUGAGCUGAAGUUACUGACAUUUCCACAAGUCACUUGCCAUUUUAGUAAGGGAAAGCAUGGAUGCUGGGCAUUAUGGAAUGUUCUCGUUUAGCUUGUCAUAGUCUACUUUGUGGAACAUGCCAAAACUUCACUGUGGAGAAUCAGAAUUUGGUAAAAAUUUGAUCCCAUCUAAAAAUGUACAGUUACCAAACAUUCUGGGGAUACCUGUGGGUAAGGUGGUCUUUGAUUUGCACCUAGACAGCAAGCAGUGUAAGAAAGAUGCUCCAAUGUAGUUAAAUAAUUUGUAUUUGAGUUGAGUUAAUUUAAAUGGCAUUAAAAAGUUCCAAGCUGUUUUCUAGCUUUCUGAAUAGCAUUGGGGAAAGUCCUAGCAUGCUACUCAAUCUGCUAUAAAAUAGUAAGAUUUGGCACUCAUGUAGCCUUUGGAAAUUAACGCUUUAUUUUUAGCCCUAAUAUAGUCAUACACUUCCCCUCCCAAUUCCCAGAGAUACUUAACUAGAUUAUUAUUUAAUAAAACAAAACAAAAUCAGAGAAUGUUGUGAAAAUGUUGAAGUCCAGUAAGAAGCUAUUUUUUCUCAGGACAUUUUACAACUUACU